AUGUGCUGGCUUAUUUCUUUCAUGAUGCUAUCCGCUUCUGGCAGAGCCACCAGGGCCUUCCUAUUCGUCAAAUGCCCAGCAGCUCCAAAAUCUUCACUUGGGAGCAGAACCCACUUUGACCUACGACGAGGAAAAUCGCGUAUCGCUUUCUCUUUUGAUUCUGCUGCUCCCUUUCGCAUGGGAGACCCUAGUGAAGGGGACAUUACGUUGCAGGAAUGGCAGGGAUGGGGCACCACUUCCCCUCUACCCAGCAUGGUUAUGGAGAUCGUUGAGGAUUUGAAGGCCUUAGAGAAAGAAGUUGACGCCAACAUGAGCUUUGGUGGUGUUGGUGGGAAGCUUCAGGGAAAUCUCGGAAUUCAAGAAGAUAAGAAACAUCGAGUAAAAUAUCAGGCAUUAGGUGAUUCAGAAAAAAAGCUUCAAUUUUACGCAGCUCGACAAAUAGCAUGUCGCUUGCUUGGAAGCAGAGGUUAUCUUUGUCAGAAGUGCUGGCUUCCUAUGGAGGAUUGUAUGUGUUCUAAAGUCACAUCUCGUUCUCUGGGGCCUGGAGAUUUCCUACGACAAAACAACACUGGAAAGAUAUUGUGGCAAGUCUUUGGUGUUGAAGCAGCAACUUUAUGCCUUUUUGGUAUCCCUGUACAUGAAGAAAUCAUGUGGGACUCAUUUAAAUUGGCAGGAAAAGGCAAUGUUUGGUGCCUCUAUCCCAACAAGAGUGCAGUAGUAAAAUCAGUUCAGGGUGCAUUUGGUCAGGAACUAAUUGGAAAUUAUGGAAUCACACUAGCAAAGACAAAAGAAGAUAAGACUCUGAAUUUUAUUUUAAUUGAUGGCACAUGGAGCAAUUCAGCAGCAAUGUUCAGGCGUCUUCAGGACCAAGCAAACUCUAUAUGGGGAGAUGAAGACCUUCCUUGUAUAUCAUUGACUCCGGGUGCUUCUGCCAUGCAUAAACUUAGGCCCCCCCAACCACCUGGGACCGUACCUGCACAGCAGCGGCCGCUGCUGGCCUUCUCUCUGAGCUUCAACUUCUUCCACAGUUUAGCUCUAUUGGAUUGGAUAAGCAAGCUGAAGCAGUGGAAGAUACUUUAA